ACAUGCCGGAAAUCAACAUACAAGACGCCCCCUUCGAGUUCGAAUCAAGAUCACCUACAGACUCCGCGCCUUCAGCGAGUCACUAUCAUACACCAACUUUACCGCACUCAUCCUCUGCCGGGGUUGCGAAAAGAAGAAAGAACUCGAAGGUCAAAAUGAGCCCUAUACUCAAACGCGCAUCGUCGACUCCUCAAUUGAAUGGGCUCUCCGUUCAAGAGUCGGGAGGUUUAUCGCCCAGCGCUCUUGAUAAGAGAAGGAACAAACUGGGUUAUCAGCGCAUAUCGAUUGCUUGCUGUGAACGCAGAAAGAUCCGAUGUGUCCUAGCGGAAGGCGACGAUAUGGGCAGGUGCAACAACUGCAUCCGUCUGAAGAAGGAGUGCGUUUUCUACCCUGUCGAUUCGGCCGGUGGUCCAGAAAGUCGCGCGCAGACAAAAGGGUCCAAGGACUCUUCCGUCAUCUCCAACUCGCCAUCAGAGAUGCAUCCUACAGGCCCAAAGCUCGAGCACGAUCAUGAGAUGAGUCGUUUCCCUCAUCUUGCAUCAAAUGCGCCUCCAGAAUACGGCUCAGUCGAUCCUAGUACAGGGCUGGGCAUUUCUACAGGCACACCAGUCGCAUCCGAGUUCGCAUUUGCUCGUCCAGGGUAUCCCGCCAUCUACGCAGGUGACAUGUCAGGGACUGAGCCCCCGACCCCUGUACACUGGAAUUCUUCGCAGAUGGGCGACUACUCAAACUACUCGACCACGGCCGAACACUCUCCCAACGUAUAUCCGUCAUUCGCAUUCCCACAGCAAAGAGACGAAUAUGCUCUUCAGCAGCCUCCAAUGCGUUCCAUGUCGUACGGACACAUUGAACCCCAGUUACAAAGUUUUGCGCCGGCGGCCACCCCGAUCGAAUACACCAGACCAGGCUCUUCACAUUACAACCUUACACCACUCGACACUGGAGCACCACCGGUUGGCACUAUUUCGGAAGCUUCCUUGUCGACACCCGUGACUAGCGAGCCUACCAUGCCUCCAAUCGGCAUGUACCCUCCUCAAUGGGGUUUCUACCAACAACACCAGCCUCCCAUGGGCUUGGACUAUUCAUCUAGACACGAUUCUCUGCCCACGCAAUGGUACCAUCCUCAGCAGCUAGGGCCGGCUAUGACAGAGCACGACCUACAUCAUCAGCAUCAACAUCCCAUGUCUCAGACUCCGGGAGGCGCAUAUGCCAAAAGACCU